AUGGAGCUCGGAAUAUUCCUGCCAUCGAUCCUAAUCGUGGUAAUCUCAAUAUACUUUUUCCUGCAACGUCAUUAUGGAUACUGGUUGCGACAAGGAGUAAGGGAACUACGUCCUCACUGGCUGGUGGGCAACUUAUCAGGAUUAUUGAGCAUGAAGAGUAGUCCAGCGGAUUUCAUAAGUGAUCUCUACAAUCAUCCAGAUGCCGUUGAUCAGCCCUUUGUUGGCAUUCAUGUGUUCCAUAAGCCCGCUAUACUUUUGCGGGAACCCGACCUAAUUAAGAAGAUAAUGAUCAAGGACUUUUGCCAGUUUGGAAACCGUUACUCCAAUUCCGAUUACAAGGGCGAUCCUCUGGGAUCUCAGAAUAUUUUCUUCCUGAAGCAGCCACAGUGGAAGGAAGUGCGUCUGAAGCUAUCGCCAUUCUUUACCAGUACCAAACUGAAGCAUAUGUUUCCACUUAUCGAUGAGGUUGGACGUAAUUUGGACGCCCAUUUGCGUCAGCAGCCGUUGCACAAUGAGCGGAUGCGUAGUUUCGAUGUGGAGGCCAAGGAACUAUGUGCCCUAUUCACCACAGAUGUGAUCGCAACAGUGGCCUAUGGUGUUCAGGCGAAUAGCUUCAGCGUGCCGGAUAGUGAAUUCCGUCGCCAUGGCCGAGCAGUCUUUGAAUUCAGUUUAAAACGAGCAGCGGAAUUCACUUUGGUGUUCUUUUUGCCACACCUAGUGCCAUUAUUUGGCUUCAAGGUGGUUCCCAAAGAACCAACCGAAUUCCUACGGAAAACCAUAAACUAUGUAAUGGCCGAGCGGGAGCGUUCCAAGCAAACACGCAAUGAUCUAAUCGAUAUACUCAUAGAGUUCAAGAGGAGCACACAGCAGGCAAAGGACACUGGAAAGAAUGGCAAUCAGUUUGUAUUUGAGGGCGACAUACUAGUGGCCCAGGCUGUUCUAUUCUUUACCGCCGGCUUUGAGUCCUCCUCCUCUACAAUGUCCUUUGCCCUAUAUGAACUAGCCAAAAACUUGGAAAUCCAAGAACGCUUGCGAGAUGAAAUCAAAAAGGCUCUCAUCGAGAGUAAAGGACAGGUAACACAGCAAAUGAUCGAAUCAUUGGAGUACCUGCAAAUGAUCCUGUACGAAGUAUUGCGUAUGUAUCCACCACUUCCGUUUCUGGAUCGGGAGUGUACCAGCGAUGAAGCAUACUCUUUGGCUCCAUAUCACAGUUUUCGUGUUCCGAGGGGCAUGCCCAUCUAUAUUCCAGCCUACGCUUUGCACAUGGAUCCUCAGUACUAUCCGCAACCACGUAAAUUUCUCCCAGAACGAUUCUCGCCCACAAAUCGCAAAUUGAAUACACCCUACACUUAUAUGCCCUUUGGCCUGGGACCCCAUGGUUGUAUAGGUGAGCGUUUUGGCUUUCUUCAAGCCAAAGUUGGACUAGUUUAUUUGCUACGCAAUCAUUUGGUGACCACCUCGGAACGAACCCAAGGACGUAUGAAACUGGACACCAAAGCAAUUAUAUUGCAGGCUCAAGGUGGCAUACAUUUGAAACUUGUACGGAAUCCUUUGGGCGUGUAGAACUUACCCGAGUGUGAGAAAUUUAAAAAUAGAGGAAGAGAGUUUGAGCGACGCGUAUAGAUAUUGGAUCGGAGUUGGAUCGUUGACAACUGUUGUGCUACUAACUCCAGGGACUUGCGUGUUUUGUUAUUUUAAAUUCGGAGAGAGAACAUUUCGCUGUCACCCACCUCGUACAUCUUGGAAUGCAAUUUGAUAGGCAAUUUGCGUGACUGAUCAGUUGGGAGAAAAAUCAAAACAAAAAUAAUAACCAAUUGUCCCACGUCUCAAUCUCCAAUUCCCUUUUCCCGGUCGCACUUCCACAAAUGAGUCAACAAACGAUCUUUAGGUUCAACGUCUGGCAAUCAGAUUCACUUGACUGGGUUUAUGUGGCCUCAAUUGUAAUCUGUAAGUGAAUUAUUCCAUCUAAACCAAAUUUAGCCGAGAACUUAUCUUGAUCAUCGAUUUACCUAAUCUAAUCUAUUAACUUGUAACUGCUU